ACACUGUUACAAUGUCUGACGUAGUUCAGCCAAUGGAUAUUGACCAGAAACCUGAGGAAUUUUACUUCGGAACAACGAACCCCCAAACACCUGACUCCAGCGGACUUGACUUCAACAGACCUGACCUCAACCAAUCUGACUUCAACCGACCUGACUCCACUGGAACUGACUCCAACGGACCGAACACCAACGUACCUGACUUCAACAGACCUGACUCCUAUAGAUCUGACUCCAACAGAGCUGACUCCUAUGGAUCUGACUCCAAAAGACCUGAUUCCUAUGGAUCUGACUCCAAAAGACCUGACUCCAAAAGACCUGACUCCAAAAGACCUGACUCCAUAGCACCUGACUCCAAAAGACCUGACUCCAAAGCACCUGACUCCAAAAGACCUGACUCCAAAGGACCUGACCCCAAAGGACCUGACUCCAAAAGACCUGACUCCAUACCACCUGACCCCAAAAGACCUGACUCCAAAGGACCUGACUCUAAAGGACCUGACGCAAAACCACCCAGCCUCAAAGAAUCUGGUCUUCAAGAACCUCAAUCUCAGGUGCAGAUUGCAGGACAGACAAAUCCAGUUACCCUGGUAGGAAACCAAGCUCAAUAUGAUAAAAAGAGAUCUGAGGAAUGUGUUGGCACACUGGAUCAUUACUGGAAGAAGAGUGCUUCAUUAAAGGGCCAAGAUAAGAAAAAGAAUAAGGACAAGGUCCUCCCUGUCAAACAAAAUAAUCCCCUUAUAAAGGCUGGACGUGUAGCUCAAGAAAGUUGUCUUCUACCAGUGAAUCCCUUUUGGUACAUGAGCCACAUCUACAAAGAAGAAAUUAAAUGUAUUGAGAGAAAAUAUAAAAGUAAAAUCACGGCACAGGUCCAUCUGACAUUUGAAGCUGGAAGAACAAAUGAGGCUCUCUGUGAGUUCAUAGAGCUCUAUCAGAGCUGCCCAGCUGAAUCAGGGGACGUAGUGAUUCCCCUCAAGUUUGUAGAUCCAGAUCAGUGGAGCGAUGCACUAAGAGUCAUCAAGAGAAGUGAGGAUAAGCUUUUGCUCUCUAUGUCCUCUGAAGAAGUCAUUGUCUGUGGUCCAAAGCAAGGCCAAGAUGAAUUCAGUGCAGUCCUAAAUGCAAUGCAGAAGAUAAACCAUCCCAUUGAUCAUCUUAAACCUGUACCAGUUGUUACAUCAUCAAGGAUGAGCAACAUGGCCUUGAGAGAUACAAAUGUUGGAACAAUAAAGUAUAUUGAAUAUCAGAAGAAAGGAGACUCUAGAAGUCCUACAAUAACAAAUAAACCAAAUCUUGAUGCAUCAAUUGGACAGAUUUUAGGGGAGAGAAAAGAAGGUGACGGCAAAGAUGACCAAUGCUGUAUAUGCAUGUCCGAAUUUACUAAUAAGGAACAGCUGAAGUGUAAGCAUGCAUUCUGCAAAGACUGCCUGCAAAUGGUAGUGCAGCACAGUGGACCAAUCUGUCCUAUAUGCAAAGAUGUGUUUGGUGUGGUGAAGGGAAACCAACCUGAUGGAACAAUGAGAUGGAGAAAACAUAACUAUGCAGACCUCCCUGGAUUCCCAGGAUGUGGCCACAUAGAGAUCACCUACAAUAUCCCAGAGGGAAAACAAAAGGACAAUCACCCCAACCCUGGAGAACAAUAUAGUGGAACCACUAGAACAGCAUAUCUUCCAGAUAACAAGGAGGGGAAUGAAGUUCUGCACCUGCUGAAAAAAGCUUUUGACCAGAAGCUGAUUUUCACUGUUGGAACUUCAAUGACAACUGGUUUGAAGAAUGCAGUGACCUGGAAUGAUAUCCAUCACAAGACAUCCAUGACAGGAGGACCAGAGCGUUUUGGAUAUCCUGAUGAGACCUACCUGAGCAGAGUCAAGGAGGAGCUGAAAGCUAAAGGCAUUGAGUGAAAUCUUUAUUCUACAUUAACUGAUUACAUUUUAGAUAAAUAAAUGUCUUCUGACAAACUGAAUUUACACACUAAUAGAUAAUAGAUGCGUAGUAGUAGUAGAUCUUAAUGGUUAACUUGAAGUUCACUGGAAGCUAAAUCACAUCGCUCAUCUGUUUUAAUGCAACCAAAUGAAUUACAGAGUUUUGAAAUAAUUUGCUGAGCUGUGUUGUUGUAGUCUUUAUCUUUAAAUUUUUUUGUUAUUUUAGAGAUGUUAUAAAUGUGUUGAUAUAAUUAUGUGAGAAUGCGUGUUGGAGCAGCCCUGUUAAAGAUCUUCUGUCAGUAGAUUAUACAUACAAUAAAAGUUUUCUAUAUGACAUCUAAAUGAA